GGGAGGCGGGAGGGGCUGCUGGGGCCCGGCCCAGACCUCCCGGCGGUCGCAUUGUUUUCCUCCGCGGACCCGCGGCGGGAUUGGGGGCUGCGACUGGGCUUGCGGGUCUGGACAGCGCCCGGGAACCCAGAUUCAAGCUCCAUCCAACUCGUCCGCUCAUCACCCGUCGCCAGAGCCCAACCACGGAUUGCGAAGUCGUCGCGGUGCGGGGCCGCUGCCCGCCCGCUGCCCUCUCGAUCCCGCUAGCUCGGAUCUCGGAGUCAAAGGUCUUCAAUCCUCAAACCCCAACAGCAGUCAUCACCCAGGGCCAGCAUAUGGGUGAGGGGGCACCCCCUGGGGCCUGAGCUGCCCUGCACAGGAUGCUCCGUGCCCCCUACUUCAUGCCCUUGCUGCUACUGCUGCUGCUGCUGCUGCUCUCACUUCCCCACACCCAGGCCACCUUUCCCCGGGAUCCCCUCCCUCUGCUGAUCUCUGACCUGCAAGGUACUUCCCCAUUAUCCUGGUUCCGGGGCCUGGAGGAAGAUGCUGUGGUUGCAGAACUUGGGCUGGACUUCCAGAAAUUCCUAACUUUGAACCGGACCUUGCUAGUGGCUGCCCGGGAUCAUGUUUUCUCCUUCGAUCUACAAGCUCAAGAAGAAGGGGAGGGACUGGUGCCCAACAAGUAUCUAACAUGGAGGAGCCAAGACAUGAAGAACUGCGCUGUGCGGGGGAAGCUGACGGACGAGUGCUACAACUACAUUCGUGUUCUCGUUCCCUGGGACUCGCAGACACUCCUUGCUUGUGGAACGAACUCAUUCAGCCCCGUGUGCCGCAGCUAUGGGAUAACUUCGCUGCAGCAGGAGGGUGAAGAGCUGAGUGGGCAGGCUCGAUGCCCCUUUGAUGCCACACAGUCCAACGUAGCUGUCUUUGCAGAGGGCAGCCUGUAUUCGGCCACAGCUGCGGAUUUCCAGGCCAGUGAUGCUGUAGUUUACAGAAGCCUUGGCCCUCAGCCCCCACUCCGCUCAGCCAAGUACGACUCCAAGUGGCUCCGAGAGCCACACUUUGUCCAUGCCUUGGAGCAUGGAGACCAUGUCUACUUCUUCUUCCGAGAGGUCUCUGUGGAGGACACCCGGCUGGGAAGGGUACAGUUCUCCCGUGUGGCCCGUGUGUGUAAGCGUGACAUGGGCGGCUCACCUCGGGCCUUGGACCGCCAUUGGACAUCCUUCCUGAAGCUUCGCCUCAACUGCUCUGUCCCUGGGGAUGCUGCCUUCUAUUUUGACGUCUUACAGGCCUUGACGGGGCCUGUGAACUUGUAUGGCCGCCCUGCUCUCUUUGGGGUCUUCAGCACCCAGACCAAUAGCAUCCCUGGCUCUGCAGUCUGUGCCUUCUACCUGGAUGAUAUUGAACGUGGGUUUGAGGGCAAGUUCAAGGAGCAGAGGAGUUCGGAUGGGGCCUGGACCCCUGUGUCUGAGGACAGGGUCCCCACCCCCAGGCCAGGAUCCUGUGCAGGAGUGGGUGUAGCUGCCUUAUUCCCCUCUUCUCGAGAUCUCCCUGAUGAUGUCCUGACUUUCAUCAAGGCUCACCCACUGCUGGACCCCACUGUGCCACCUGCCACCCACCAGCCUCUCCUUACUCUCACCAGCAGGGCCCUACUGACCCAGGUAGCUGUGGAUGGCACGGCUGGUCCCUAUAGUAACACCACAGUCCUGUUCCUUGGCUCCAAUGAUGGAACAGUGCUGAAGGUGCUGCCCCCAGGGGGACCAUCUGGAGGACGGGAGCCCAUCCUGUUGGAAGAGAUCAAUGCCUACAGCCCCUCCCGGUGCACUGGGAAGCGGGCGGCCCAAACAGCACAGCAGGUGAUAGGACUGGAGCUGGACACUGAAGGUCACCGGCUCUUUGUGGCUUUUUCUGGCUGCAUCAUCUACCUCCCUCUCAGCCGGUGUGCCCGGCAUGGGGCCUGUCGCAGGAGCUGUUUGGCUUCUCGGGACCCAUACUGUGGAUGGCAUAGCUCCAGAGGCUGUGUGGACAUCAGGGGACCUCAUGGGACUGAUGUGGAUCCAGCUGGGAACCAGGAAUCCAUGGAGCAUGAUGACUGCCAAGACGGAGCUAUCGGGAGUCAGUCUGGCACAGGGAACUCUGCUUAUGUGCUUCUGGGUCCUGGCCCUUCCCCUGAGACCCCCAGCCCCCCCAGUGAAGCCCACCCCCGGCCCCAGUCUUCCACUCUUGGAGCUCACACUCAGGGCGUGCGCAGCGACCUCCCCGCAGCCUCAGCCUCCCGCUCUGUCCCCAUCCCGCUGCUCCUGGCCUGUGUGGCCGCAGCCUUCGCCCUGGGCGCCUUAGUCUCCGGCCUUCUGGUCUCCUGCGCUUGUCGCCGCGCCCACCACCGACACCGGAGCAAGGACAUGGAGACCCCGGGGCUCCCGCGCCCCCUCUCCCUCCGCAGCUUGGCCCGGUUGCACGGGCCGGGCCCAGAGCCGCCGCCGCCGCCCUCCAAGGACGGAGAGCCCGCGCUGGCGCCCCAGCUCUACACCACGUUCCUGCCUCCUCCCGAUGCCGGCUCCCCCCCGGACCUGGCCUGCCUGCCCACCCCGGAGUCCACGCCCGAGCUGCCCGUCAAGCACCUCCGCGGCUCCGGGGGCCCCUGGGAGUGGAACCGGAACGGGAACAACGCCGCCACCGAGGCCCCGGGCCCCGCGCGGGGGAGCGCGGCCGGCGGCGGCGGUGGCUCCGCGCCCCGCGUGCUGGUGAGGCCGCCGCCGCGCGGCUGCCCGGGGCAGGCGGUGGAGGUGACCACCCUGGAGGAACUGCUGCGCUACCUGCACGCCCCGCAGCCGGCCCGCAGGGGCGCGGAGCCGCCCGGCCCCCCGGCCCCGCGGGCGCUGCCCCUCGAGCCCGCCCGGCCCCCGCCCCGCCCCGCCCUGCUGGCCGGCGCCGGCCUUCUGGCCCGGGAGUGCGCCCCCCCGCUGCGGCUGGACGUGCCCCCCGACGGGCAGUGCCCGGGGCCCCCCGGCCGGCCGGUCCCCGCCCCCCGCCUGGGGGUGGGCGGCAGCCGCAGGUUGCCCUUCUCCGCCCCCCGGGCGCCCCCCACCCUGCUCACGCGCGUCCCCUCGGGCGGCCCUUCCCGGUACUCCGGGAGGCACCUGUACCCGGGCCGCGCCGAGGGCUACCGGGGCCGCACCCUGAAGCGAGUGGACAUGGCGAAGCCCCGGCCGCCCCCGAAGCUGCCCCUGGCCGCGCCCCCCGCCCCGCUGGCCGUCCCCGGCGGCGGCCAUUUCAACUUGUAAAGGAAGCCGGUCUCCAAGGACAGGGGACCCUCUCCCUCCGGCCCCGCGCCGCCCGCCUCGGGCUUAUUUAUUGACUGUCUUCCCCUCGGUCCCCUCAGGAGUGGGAGCCGGAAGCUUGCCCCUCAGUGAGCCAGCCUUUUGGAGGGGCCGGGCACCCCACUUCCCCCUCAGCCAAGCUGCCUUAACUCGCCCCCUGGGCUUCCUCCCCGGACUGGGCCCCGGGCGGGCCGCAGGCGGACGGACGGACGGACGGUCGGGGCUGGGGCCACGCUCGUUGUGUACUGACCCUCGGACCUCCUGGGAGGUGCCUCCUACCGUGUAGGAGCCCUCGCUCCCCAAUACAGCCGUGUCCCCCCAAUACAGUCGAGUCCCCGAACCGCCGCCUCAUUCACGCGCGGGGCGGGGCGGGGCGGGGCGGGCGGGGAUCGGUCGGCUCCCUCGCGCCUUCGCCCUGAAUCUUCGGCCUCCCGAGUAAUUGCAUGGCUGCGGUCCCACCGGGGUUAAUCAGGAGGCUUCCUCAAGAUUAG